AUUACAAAUUUGCUUCCAGUUUCUUUCUCCAUUUCACUUUUACAUCACCAAGGGAGGGGAAAAGGUGCAAAAAUCUGCUCAAAAGAAGAAAAUCAUGUCAUCGGCGAUUUCGCAGCUGUCGUGCUUCUUUUCCAUUAACCGUAGACUACAACUCCUAACCAGAUCCUACGCCCGCCCUAACAAGGUAUUUGUUGUCAGGAGCAUUGAUGGACAUGGCACAGAUGUAUCCAACUCAGAGACUAAGACUGCUCUACGUUACACCGCAGAUGACUCAAAAUCACUUAAUGGACGUAUGGAAAAAUCACAUUCCAUUACACAAGAACAUGUUGCAGGAAAAGAUAUGAAUGAGCGCAUGCUAGAACAAGUUGUUAGUCAACCGAAAAGGGCAGCGAAGAUUCAUGAUUUUUGUCUUGGGAUUCCCUUUGGUGGGCUUGUUUUGAGUGGAGGGCUUGUUGGCUUUAUUUUCAGCAAAAACCUUGCUACUUUAAGUACUGGUGUUCUCUUUGGGGCUUCCCUAUUGGCCCUCAGCACUGUUAGCUUGAAGGUGUGGAGACAAGGAAAAUCCAGCUCACCAUUCAUACUAGGUCAAGCAGUGCUCUCUGCCUUCCUUCUCUGGAAGAAUUUUCAUACCUAUACAUUGAGCAGGAAAAUCUUCCCAACUGGCUUUAAUGCUGUCAUAAGUGCUGCAAUGCUGUGCUUCUAUUUUUACGUGGUGUUAUCUGGAGGUAAUCCUCCACCAAAGAAGAUGAAAUCAUCGGCUGCUGCCCCAUCAUAAUUGAAUUCUUGGUUUGGAGAUAGUUCUCAGUUUUAUUUUGGAACCCCAGGGAGAGCUUUUUGCUGCUGUAGUGAGAAGUAGAGUGAACUAGACGACAUGUUACCUGAUAGAAACGAAUGAUUCUUGAUAGAUGAGGUUUAGGAAUGUGAAAAUGCACUUUCAGAUAUUUUCCUGAAUAAUAUUAUGUACUCAACAUGGCAACAUGUUAAUUAUUGAUCAUAGCCCCUUUGAAUCAAACAACUUGUCAUGAUAUCAACUCUCAAGUUGAUAUGCCUUAAUGUUUGUAUGAUAUGAUUUGAGCUUCCCGAAUUGGAUA